AUGGCAGGCGAUGCAAUGCUGGCAUUGCCAAUGUCUCCGACACAGUCGCCCAAAGAGUUUGGGAGUGCCGCCGUACAAUGGGCAUGCACGCGAAGAGGGCGGAUGAUGGUCUUGACGAUUGCACUUCUCACACUUCUGCUUGGACUGACGGGUAUGAGGAAUCAUGAGGCCAUAUCUUCACGAUACCACAACUUCUCCUCGUACUACCCAUGGCGACCGUAUCUCCAGCCCCUGCCCGACAUAGUACACUCGCCGUUCAAGACCCCCUCGAACACGACGCUGCAAAUCGAGAAUGGCGAACUCGACCACGUACCGCCGAAACUCAAGAAGACGACGCCCAACUUCCACCUCCUCAUGCCUGCCGAGCGCGACACCGAUGGUUUCUGCAAGACGACUCUGUCUGCUAUGCUUCUCCACUACCCUCCACCGACUGCGGUACAACUACACAAACAGUACGAGCCGGAUGUUAAAUGGGACAGGGACACACUGAACAGCACACUGCAUUACCUGAGUAAUGAGAAGCUGGUCAAGGACCAUGACUUGGUUCUCAUUGUAGAUGGACAACAGUCGAUGUUCCAGCUGCCAAGCGAUGUGAUUGUUACGCAGUACAAGAGGCUUUUGGCAGACGCCAACAUGCGGCUGCUGAAGAAGUAUGGCGUUAACAAGGAGGGCUACCAGAAGUUCAACCAGACGACCGUGUUCGGCGCAGAGAAGAUCUGUGAGAACGACGAUAUGGCCUGCAAAUACGUACCUCAGUCGAUACUCUCGGACAAUACAUACGGAAGCGAGAACGGUCGACGCAUAUCAGAUACCCCGGCGAAGUUCAUUCACUCCAAGAUGGUCAUGGGUCCGGCCAGCGACUUGAAGAUGCUUUACCAGUUUGCUCUGGAGAAGUUUAUGGAGGGGAGAAGUCAGUCCCAGACCGUUCAGUCGGUAUUCGCGACUCUCUUCGCCGAGCAGCAGCUGGGCAGAGAUGCGGAGGAAGUGGCAUCGAAGCAUACCGGUACCAAGGUCAAAGAAUACCUCACGGGCAGAGCGAGCACCUCAGAAGCCAAGCGAAGACUGGAGCGUGCCAGCGCUGAGUUUUCGAACACUACACGUCAUGAGUUUUCUGUCGGUUUGGACUAUACCCAUGCGCUCUUCCAACCCUUGGACUACUGCGUCGAAGACGAACUCGUUCCUAUUUUGCACGACAACUCAACCGACUUAUCGCAAUACAGCCACUUCGAUCCAGACCCUCGUUACCUCACCCUUCCUAUCGCCCUCAACGAGACCAAGACCCCAUUCUGGCGCCCCGACUUCGUCGAGCACAACCCCUCUCCCAACGAGAAGCCUGCAUACAUUGACAAUCUAGAGUUUACGCUGGAGCUCGAUGGCUUACCCAGCCGGAAACUACCCUGGGAAAGCAUUCCUCUGGUCCAGAACACCUACUCCGGUUCCGUCCCCGCCAUCAUCCUCGGCAGCUCUUCGCACUCGAGCGGCGAGCGUUCACCAGCCGCCAACAUAACCUGGGACAACCUGUGGUACUCAGACCACAAACGUGCCAUGCUGAGAAACUACUUCCGCGCGCCUCAGUCUUCCGACGGCUACCAUAACCACCUCGUCGGCGGCGAUCGCUACUGGGACAACCGGGGCGGACGAGGCGGCAUAUGGACCGAAGCCGAGCAAACCUGGCUACCCUGGGGCGAAGUCGAUGGCGUUUGCGGCACGCUACCCCAACUCAAGGAGGUGUUCAACGAUGGCAAGGGCGUGUGGCUGCAUGAGCUGGAGCAGGAUAACGAGCAAGGCCGUCUCAACGAAGAAGAGGAUCAUCGGCAAAAGCAGGAAGAAGCGCGACUCAAAGAUAUAGAGGAGUUGGUUAAGUUGGAACAAGAGGCUAAAGAGAAGAACGAGCAGAAGGAGAAGGAGAGUAUUGACUUUGAGAAGUUAAAGGAACUUCAGGAUUUGGAGGCUACAGAUGAGAAGAAGGUUGAGAGGAGGAGGAAGAGAUGGAAUGUUGUAGAGGAGUGUUAUGUCAACGAAUUCGUCCAAAGCAACACUGAAGCCGAUAUGGGUCCGAGGCUGGAAGCCCUCAUGCGUACUUGUCUCAAGAAGCACUCGAAGAAGCUGCCAGAUGUCGACCUAGAAUUCUGCGUACUAUGGCUAGACGUCCUUAUAAAGGCGGAAAACGGGGAUUGUCCACCAGCUAUGCUCCGGUUCUGUGAGGACGUGACUGAGGUUCAUGACUCGAAGAUAUUUUUGUUGAUGGAUGGCAAGCGCAGGGAAGGCGUACAGGGUAAGGCCUACCUUGAGGAUACUGCUAGUUGA